GCGGGGCUGGGCGGCGCUCUAGGCCGAGCGGGAGGUCGGGGCUGCGGGCGCUCGCUGGUGGCGGACCCGGAGGCGGCUGCGGCGCGGGGGCUCGUUGGCCUGGGUCGAAUCCGAUCGGGAGCCAUGAGCGUGGACAAAGCCGAGCUAUGCGGGCCUCUGCUCACCUGGUUACAGACAUUCCAAGUUCCAACCCCCUGUGCGAGCCCCCAGGAUCUGAGCAGUGGCCUGGCUAUAGCGCACGUGUUACAUCAGAUAGACCCCGCCUGGUUCAACGAGGCAUGGCUCCGGGAUAUCUUAGAGGACCCAGAUCCCAACUGGAGGCUGAAGAUCAGCAACUUGAAGAGCAUCUUAGAGAGCGUGGUGGAAUACUCCCAAGAUGUGCUGGGGCAUCCCGUGUCAGAGCAGCACCUUCCCAACGUGAACCUCAUUGGAGAGUUCUCUGAUCCCGCCGAACUCGGCAGACUGCUCCAACUGGUGCUGGGCUGUGCCAUCAGUUGCGAGAAAAAGCAGGAGCAUAUCCAGAGAAUCAUGACCCUGGAGGAAUCCGUUCAGCAUGUGGUGAUGGAAGCCAUCCAAGAGCUCAUGACCAGAGACACGCCCGACUCUCUGUCCCCAGAGACCUACGGCAACUUCGAUACCCAGUCCCGCAGGUACUACUUUCUGAGCGAGGAGGCUGAGGAAGGAGAUGAAAUACGGCAGCACUGUCUGGACCUGGAACGACAGCUGGUGCUCCUGUCGGAGGAGAAACAGAGUCUGGCGCAGGAGAACGCGGCGCUGCGGGAGCAGGCGGGCCGGCCAGCGGCGGGGGCGGCGGCAGUGGCGGGGGCGGCGGCAGCAUCCGAGGGCGCUCCCCCGGGUCUCACCAACAAGAAGCUACUGUUGCUGCAGUCCCAGUUGGAGCAGCUCCAAGAGGAGAACUUCAGGCUGGAGAGCAGUCGCGAAGACGAUCGGCAGCGCUGCGCCGACCUGGAGCGGGAGGUGGCAGAGCUGCAGCAGCGGAACCAGGCGCUGACCAGCCUGGCCCAGGAGGCGCAGGCCCUAAAGGAUGAGAUGGAUGAGCUGCGGCAGUCCUCCGAGCGAGCUGGGCAGUUGGAGGCCACGCUGAACAGCUGCCGGCGCCGCCUGGGGGAGCUGCGGGAGCUGCGGCGCCAGGUGCGGCAGCUGGAAGAAUGCAACGCGGGCCAUGCAGAGCGCACGCGGCAGCUGGAGGAUGAGCUGCGCCGGGCCGGCUCGCUGCGCGCCCAGCUUGAGGCCCAGAGAAGACAGGUGCAGGAGCUGCAGGCCCAGCGGCAGGAGGAGUCCAUGAAGGCAGAGAAGUGGGUAUUCGAGUACCGCAACCUGGAGGAAAAGUACGAGUCAGUGACGAAGGAGAAGGAGCGGCUGCUGGCGGAGCGAGACUCCCUGCGGGAAGCCAACGAGGAGCUGCGUUGCGCCCAGCUGCAGCCGCGGGGGUUGCAGACCCAGGCUGACCCUUCCCUGGACCCCACGCCGCCAGCCCUGGAAAACUUAGCAGCUGAGAUUCUACCUGCGGAGCUCAGGGAGACCCUCGUGCGCCUGCAGCUAGAGAAUAAGCGGUUGUGCCAGCAGGAGGCGGCCGACCGCGAGCGGCAGGAGGAGCUGCAGCGCCACCUAGAGGAGGCCAACCGCGCGCGCCACGCGCUGGAGACCCAGCAGCGACUGAGCCAGCAGCAGGUGUCGGAGCUGCGGGGCCAGGUGGAGGAUCUGCAGAGGGCCCUACAGGAACAGGGCGGGAAGACGGAGGAUUCCACCUUGUUGAAGAGGAAGUUAGAGGAACACUUGCAGAAGCUGCAUGAGGCAGACCUGGAGCUGCAACGGAAGCGAGAGUACAUCGAGGAACUGGAGCCACCGGCCGACAGCAGCACAGCGCGGCGCAUUGAGGAGCUACAGUAUAGCCUGCAGAAAAAAGACGCCGACUUGCGGGCCAUGGAGGAGCGGUACCGCCGCUACGUGGACAAGGCGCGCACGGUCAUGCAGGCCCUGGAACCUAAGCAGAGGCCCCCUGCAGGGCCGCCCCCAGAGCUGCAUGCCCUGAGGUCACAGCUCCGGGAUCGGGACAUCCGAAUCCGGCACCUAGAGGUGGACUAUGAGAAGAGCCGAAACCAGCGAGAGCAGGAGGAGAAGCUGCUCAUCAGCGCCUGGUAUAACAUGGGCAUGGCCUUGCAGCAGCGCGCCGGGGAGGAGCGGGCACCCGCCCACGCCCAGUCCUUCCUGGCCCAGCAGCGUCUGGCCACCAACGCCCGCCGCGGACCGCUGGGACGCCUGGGGUCGCUGAGCCUCCGCCCAGCCACCGACAAACACUGACACGCCUGGAGCCUCUGCCUGCUGCCCGGGCCAGCCAGGGCUCGGCCCGACCUGGGAUUCCUCCGACUCCCACGGUGCCCAGCGCCGGGGCCCUGGCCAGCAGCUGCACCCAUGUCCGUCCUUUGGUGUGGGAAAGGAGAGGUGGCCCGGGAUGGCCCUGUUCUCUGAAGCCGUGUGGUUUUUAUCUUUGAUUUUUUCUCUUGGGCGGUAACGUGCUGUCUGGGGAGAACAUGGUUUUCUAUCUGAGAAAAAACAAUAAAGACUUUGAACUGGCA